AAAGACUAACAGUUUUGGAGUGAUGGACAAGGUUCAAAGUUCUUUCACCUUUCUAGUUUUGUUUUUAAUGGAAUGCCCACUUCUUUUAUGCUUGCCUUAUGGAGGUGAGUUCCAACCAGUUGAACUAGCAACAGACUUAAUGGGUAGCUUCAACCAUUUUAUAAUUGCGUGUGUAGCCUUUAGCAUUGCCCUGAUAUGUGGAAUCGCUAUUUCCUAUGUGAUAUAUCGGCUGGUCCAGGCUGAGGAAAGACAGCAACUGGUGUGGCUUUGUAACAAUGUCAGGACACCGUUCCUGGGAGAUGAUGACGAUGAUGUCGACGACGACAAGGAGGACUCGGAGGAUGAGAGCUUGGAUGAAUCCGCCUACCUACUUCCAGAGAAUGAGGAGGAGCUCGAAAACUUCAUUCACUCAGUUAUUAGAUCCAAAAGAAGAAAGCAUAUGGUAAACAAGAGAUUGAAGAAAGAACAAGAUUUAUUAAUGGAAACAAAAAGAGGGAAUUCUAUGCACAGUAUAUUCUCAGAGGAUCUAUGAGAGCAAACGAAAGAGAUGCAGGACGUGCCAGCCCGUGGGGAGCCAACAGUUGCAAGGACAGCCCACGACUGGGGACCUGAGCAUGACUUACUCCUGGAGAGCUCUGUUCAGAGCACUCUAAAGAAGAAAACUAGAAGUAUAUAACAGAAAAUAAAUUCAUAUGUGCAAUGAUUCUUGA